GAAAGUUACAAAUUGUGAAAAGGAAACGGUUAUGCUUCUGCUGCUUUUAAAGAACGGGCAUACAAGGCUUACCUGUAAGACAGCUGAGAAUGGUGGUAGUGGUACAUUAGGACAACGUCCACUGUUGACCGUAUCGAAGAAUCAAGGGAGCUCUACUACUUGUAAUAGCAGCUUUGCGCCGCACGACUUCCAGAAAGUCUAUUUAGGUUUUGUACCGGUAAGAGUAAGAGAACCAAGGUCAUGUGUCGAUACAUAUGCGUUGCUAGAUAAUGAUUCUGACAUAACAUUGAUAGAUGAUGAGCUGGCCAGCUGCUUGAGUGAAGUAUCGUUGGAUACUUUCUAUUUCUACUCUCGCCGACCAUGCACAUGGUCCAGGGUUCGAGCCCGCGCCGACGCACACCUGAUAUCUAUGAUUGGCCUGCGAAAUUUGGGCUACCGAUAUCCACGCUGAAAAUUCCACACUUGUACCAAAAAUACAGCGUGGAGUCAAGCUGUUAUCGAAAAUAAAAAUAAAAAAAUAAAUAUUUUAAGCCUGUCACAUAUGCAAGUGCUGCUGAGAAUGAAUGGACAAUAUUCUAGCAGUGGUCUUACACAUGUUUUGUAUAAGUUUCGCUUCGUAGUUGUGGGAGUUCCUGAGAGCAUCCUCGAUUCAGGCGCCUGCGUUCCCACUUGCUCAGAAAAUGUCAGGUCAGUAGAGUACCUGAGUCCUAGGUCAACAACACUUUGGAGUUUAGGCAAGUCAAUAGAUUCAAGUUCCAGUUUGAUAUUUAUUGAGGGUGCACCGAAACAGUUCCAACCACAUAUGUUAAGGUUGAAUUUUACGUUCCAUGUGGAGGACCAUGCAGUUACUCUGUCUAGUUCUUUCUGAACAGCAUUCUGAAAGUAUCCUAAGCCAGCACAGCGGAACGUGUAAGCUACUUUAAGAUCAUCUGCGAAGAUGGACUGUUCACCAAGCGAGAAACAACUGCAUAUGUCGUUGACAUCUAGAGUGAAUAGGAGGGCGCCUAAGACGCUACACCAGGUGUGAAUGGACUAGGUUUAGAGUUUACAGACCCCAGUCCAACUACUUGGGAUCUAUUGUUAGGGAAUGAUUCAAGCCAUCCUAAUAAUGGGUUACAUAUUCCUAAGGAGUUCAGCUUAUUUAUUAGAAGCAAAUGGUCAACGCGGUCGAAGGCUUUGGAGAUGUCAAAGUAGAUGAUGACUAGUAUUAGUUAUUGUCUGCCUCGGCUACUGAUUAUAUAGUUAAAGAAGUCAAGGUGACAGGUCAUGCAUGGUCUGGAUUUUAGGAAUCCAUGUUGAUUGGGACUUACAGUACUGCAGCUGAGCGUACUUUUGAGAAUAUCACCCCUAACUAUUCCUUCCAUAAUUCUAGAUGCUAAGAUAUACAGCAGAUCUCACUUUAAUAUCUUCUCAAAUCUGUCCAAGAGAACACAGCAAAGGUGUUACUCACAAGAAAAUAUGCUCAAACUAAGAUGUAUGCUAAAUGACACUAACUGGGAACUUUUCAACGAACACAAACUGGAUGAUACUAUUUCCAAUUUGACUGACUAUCUUAAAUUCUGUCUUGAUAUAUGCUGUCCAAAACAGAUAAUUUUCAAAAGAAUGGAUCGUUUUUCUUCCCCUCAUCUCAAAAAACUUCGUAGAGAAAAAGAGAAGCUGUACAAGACAAAGAAUAAAUCUGGUCUUAAGAAGAUAAACACCCAAAUUAAAUCUGAAAUCAAGAGACUAAACAACAUUUAUAAUCAAACAAUACUAUCUUGUAAAACAUCAGAAAACAUAUGGAAGCUUUUUAGAGAAAUUACUGGUUGUGGUAAGCAUAAUAAUUUUGCCUCUUCUAUUGAUGUAAAUACUCUCAAUCGAUCUUUUGUCCGCCCUCCAAAUGUCAUUUCUGCCUUCAAUUUAACUAAUAACACGACCAGUGACUUUCAUCGUUUCAAUACAUCUGAUGUUCUUAAAUGUUUGAAAUCUCUUAAACCUUCCCAGCGUCUAGGCCCUGAUGGUAUACCUGCCAUUGUCUUAAAGAAAUGUGCUGAUAUUUUAAGUAACCCACUUACAAGCAUUUUCAAUACUUCUUUUUCUCAUAAUAAUGUACCUUCUCUGUGGAAAGAUAUUAAAAUCAUCCCUGUACCCAAGUCUGGUUCUGGAGAUAAUGUUAAGUUUAGACCAAUUGCCAUUACCUCUCCUUUCUUGAAACUGAUGGAGAAAUUACUCUUACAAAAACUCAUUCCCUCCCUAAGCUUCUCAAAUGAUCCAAAGCAGUUUGCUUACAAACAGGGUAGAAGUACUUUGGAUGCUGCUGCAGUGUUUCAUCACAACAUUGUAUCCUCCUUAGACAAAGGGGCCAAGUAUGUCCGUUGUACUUUCCUUGAUUACACAUCUGCUUUUGACUCUGUACCUAGAGGCCUUUUGUUAAACAAGCUUAGCCUUACACAAACUGAGUCCUGGGCUAUCAACUGGCUGCACUCUUACUUCUCCAAUAGGAUGCAGUACACGAUAUAUAAUGGUGUAGCUUCCUCUCCUUUGCUUACUGAAGCUGGUGUUCCUCAGGGUGCUGUUCUCUCGCCGUUUCUCUUUUCCUUCUUCUUACAUGACUUACCUCUCUCAGACGAAAUCAACUUCGUCAAAUAUGCAGAUGACCUGACUGUUUCGCUUCCCGUUAAGUCUCAGUCAGACUGCUUCAAAUUAAAUAGCUUCCUGUCGGACAUCAGUCAGUGGUCUAAAAUAAAUGGCCUAACGCUGAAUCCCUCAAAAUGCCAGACUGUCGACUUCUCCUUUAGGCAUAAACGAGAUCUACAAACACUAGUAAGCACUCAUGAUGUCUGUAGAAUCGAGGGGACUAUAAUUGAAACAAAGUCUAAUGCAAAAUACCUCGGAUUAGUUAUAUCUUCCGACCUUACUUGGUCAUCUCAUAUCCAAAUGAUUUCCAAGAAAGUGUUUCGUCUAACCUACUACAUUAAGAAACUCAGACUAACUGGAGUCCCUCAACCUCUGCUUACACAAUUUGUCAACUCUCGUAUCCUACCUAUUCUACUUUACUGUUCCCCGUUAGUCUUUCCUGGGUUACUGAAAAAGGAUUAUACCAUCCUGAGAAGGAUGUUGAAGGUAGUUAGCAGGACUAGCGGUGUAAAACUCAGUCAGCUCGUCACAACAUUAGUGGAUAAGCAUCUGAAUACAUGUGAGAAAUGGUCUAAAACCAUACUCUCUGACCCCCAACACCCCCUCUAUUCCCAACUCUCUCCCUGCAUCUCAUCAAGUAGAACCAGAAAUCAGUAUAAAAUAAUAUAUGCUCGCACAACCAAGUAUAGGAACUCAACGAUACCAUAUUUGGCCCGUGUUCUAAGUGACAGAGACAAUGUUAGACGUGAAACCUAUGACUUGCUUUGUUGUUAAUAACAGAAUUUUGGCCCUUGUUUUUUUCCCCCUUACACUCUCUUAUUUGUACUCUAUAGUGAACAACCUUCUUAAACAUACUUAGCUGCUUAAAAUUAUUAUCAUUGGCUUACAUUUUUAUUCUUUAUUCUACUCCUUCUUUGUACAUCUACUGGGUCCGACUAUAUUAUCACUAUGAUUAUUAAAAACUGUCCCGUCAUUAACCAUCAUGUAACAUUAGUUUUGUGGUUGUUCUUUGUUCGGCACUAUUUAACUGACAAUCUUGUUUGUUAUUGCCACUAUCACCAUCUUAAAAAUUUUGUAUUAUGCAUGAUUCCUCACACUGCCACUACAAACAACCGCAUUAGUACUGAC